AUGUGUCCUGACUAUUUCAGUUGUUAAAAAUUUGGACAAUCCAUGUAUAUGCUGAAUGGAAUAAAACACUAUGCAAAACUCUGAAUGAAUAAAUCCACUUGUGAUUCGUAAAGUCUGGAAUAAACAGUACUCCGGUUUUCUCCCCAUUUUAUGGAGGACUUGCAUAGCCAGCUGACCACAGGGGAGCAAUCUGGAGGUUUAGAAAAGCCUCAUAAUGAGUCUCCAGUGGAAAGCCCCCAGCCACGGUCAGUCCCCCAGUUUCAUGAACAGAAUGAGGCUGCACCAUCUACAACGAGGCAGCACCAUCCACAACAGCCUAAACGACGUAAGAUUGAGAGAAAACGUCUCAAGUUACAGAGGAAAACUGCUCUUGAAGGGAUCAAGUCACCACGGGCCUCUGAUAGUUCUGAAUGUCUUGAUGAUAACAUGAGGCAGUCUGGUGAAAUCCCAUCUGGAACUUCAGGUGCACCAUCCUGUUCCAUAGUGGAGGCAGUGGAAGGAACACCUAGACAAAAGCGCGAGCGUAAACCUCAAAAGCCAGGAAAGUAUGUAUGCUCCUACUGUGGUCGAGCUUGUGCUAAACCCAGUGUGCUUCAGAAACACAUACGAUCCCACACUGGAGAGAGACCCUACCCUUGUGCACCAUGUGGCUUCUCCUUUAAGACUAAAAGUAACCUUUACAAGCACAGGAAGUCCCACACUCAUAGGGUGAAAGCUGGUUUGGCUGGAGACAAGAAGGGACCAAGUAUGAGUUGUUCAGAGGAGCCAGUUACAGAAUCAGAUGAAGAAAGCCAACCAUCUUCCCCUUACAUCUUAGCAAAACAAAGGAUGUCCAAUCAAAGGCCAAAUACAGCAGAAAGCUGCUCUGAGGGACAGUUAAAAGGUUUAGAUGACUCUCAUGCAGUUAAAAAGAGACUUGCAAUGAGACUUAGCAGAGGAAGACGUACACCUGUAGGAUCAUCUGAUGAUGCAUCAUCAUCAUUUGGUCUUAGUAGCAAAGGAAGCACAGAGUCUGGCUAUUUCUCUCGAUCUGAGAGCACAGAAGUCACUCAAGACAGCCCUCCAAACACAAGUGCCAAAAGCUAUGCAGAGGUCAUCCUUGGUAAGUUUGGUCGCCUUGGCCAUUUACAAAGGACUGCUCAUCAACAACAUGUACAUCCUGCUGGGCAAUUCACUGUACCCAAAAAGCAAGUAAUUGACCACAUCACUAAACUCAUCACAAUCAAUGAGGCUGUGGUAGACACCAGUAAGAUUGAUAGUGUCAAACCCAGAAGGUUCUCACUCUCAAGGAGAAGCAGCACAGAUUUGAAACCAUUCUCCUCUAAAGAGCCAUUUCUUUAUAGUUCAAAAGAAAUAGAUGUGAGCUCAAAGAGCAGCGGCUCUAUUACUCUUGGUGUACCUUGUGAGAAGUUUCAGCAUCAUUCUGUCAGUAUCCAACAAUCUGCUGAUCCAACAUCCACUGCUCCUCUUCUAAGAAGUCACUCCAUGCCCUCAGAGGCAAGUAUUAGUGAUGCAUCUGAAGCUUCUCGUAGCCUUCGGCUUAGCCAAUCCUUUGAUGACCAGCAACCAGUUCAAAAUCGGCGUCACGGUAUGCUAAGACGACAGAUUGCCAUUGAAUUGCCCAUCGGCACUGAAAUGACUAUGGAAGAGCAACCCUAUUUUAGCUCACCAUUUCAUCCCUCUGUUUCUACAGAGCCUGAUCACAGCCAGAAAAAAGAACCAUUUGAGUGUGAUGCAUGUGGUAUAGAUUACAAUGACUGGGAGAGAUAUCAAACACACAAGCAACACUGCUGCAUGGCUCAUCUCUCUCAACCAACUGAAAUUCCAGUCUGUCAAGUGGAAGAACCCCAAAAAACACUCACAUCUCGUCCUGGUAAAAGAAGAAAAGAAGAAAGUCUUGAAUUUGAAGAUCCUUCUUUACCAUCAGUUUCUUUUACACCACUGAAAGGGUAUACAGCAUCUUGUGAAAAGCCUUUAAAAGGGACCACUGGAUUAAGUAAAGAACAUGGUCAAGAAGGUGCUUUGAAAGGAAUAUCAGUCAUACAGCAUACUAGUUCCUUUGAGAAACAUGAUAGUACCUUAAAAACUCUUGGACCAGAUGAUGUUUCUCUUGAUGUCAGUCACUCUUCCCAUCAUUUACAAUCAAAGCUGCAGACAACAAAACCAACCUUCCGUAAACUUGUACGCCAGCACAAUGUCCAAGUGCCAGAGAUUCUGGUCACAGAAGAUCCAAACACCAUGGCAGUAUCACCCCCUCCAACUGUCCCUAAAAUAAAGGACACUGAAAAAGUCAGUGAGUUCCAAUGGCCCCAAAGAAGUCCAACUUUGGCCCAGCUUCCAAUUGAGAAGUUACCACCUAAAAAGAAGCGCCUCCGUCUUGCAGAAGCUGCUCAGUCCUCAGGGGACUCGAGCUUUGAGUCACUCUCCCUGCCUCAUAGUCCGAGUCAAGACAGUUGUAUGUCUCACACCUCCAGUCGAUCAGCUUCAUUUGAGGAGUCUUGCAAAGCUGAUGCAGAUGUGACACCAACUAGGAGAUCACGGGCCACUCAUACUUUGACAGUUCCCACAAGUUCUCACAGAGAAAUGCGACGUUCUGCAUCUGAGCAGGCACCACAUGUUCCUCAACCUGCUAACCUUAUCACAGAAUCUCGCAGUAAGUCAUUUGACUACAGUUGCUUGUCCCCAGAUCGGACCCCUGCUGGUUGGAGAGAAAGGCGGAAAUGCCUUCUAAUGAGGCAUUCUGCAGUGAGAGAACCUGAGGAGGAAGACCAACCUUCAAAGGUAUUCAAUGCCAUCUCUCCUACUCAAAGAAUUAGCACAUCCCCUAGCCACAGCCCAGGCAUUUCCCAAAGCCACAGUCCAACCACCUCCCAUUAUAUGUCUUCAAGCAGUACUGUGCACUCAUUUGGUGAAAAGCAGCUCAUGCUGUCACUGAAUGUUUUAUCAGAGAAUGCCCCACAUAAUGUGAUGCAAUUGACCUCAUUGGUUUAUAAAGAACAGCACACAACAGUGGGAAAUACACUUUAUCCAUCAGGUGCUGCCAGAGCUCAUUAUUCUCCAGUGUCAACAGGACUCAAGCUUGAGAUUCCUAUGCAAAAUGACAUUGGGAGUUCUUCUACAAGGCUCAGCCAACCAUACCUCACUCAUCGCCACCAUCAGCAUCUAGAUUUUGAUGUCACUUCAAGACCAGAGCGGCUGAGGCCUUUACCAGUCCCAAUAAUUCCAGUACGUCUUAAUUCACACCUCCUCCCCCAUGCUGGCUCCAUUUAUACCACAGUUUCACAAAUAUUUGGUGCAAGGUCUCAGGAACCUGGCUCCUCUGGUGUCAGUUCAGUUGCAGUGGAUUCCAAGUAUGAAACCAUGGACCAGCAACCAAUGUGUGAUGUAUCCAAAUCAGCAAGUGCUGGGGUGAACAAACGUGUGCUGUCCCCAACAAGCAGUGAGGAGCUCAGCCCAGAGACCGAACAACAGCAGAAACGAGUUAAAGAAGAGGAGGAGGAUGAUAACCAGGGAAAUGAAAGGGGAAAUUAUGACAAUUUGAUUGAAUGCAAGAAAGAGGGAAGACUGUGUGAGCAAAGUGUCAUCUUUCCAACAGACAACAAAGAACCAGCAUUUGCCACUCUUAACACUAACCUUACUUUUAGAUGGUGCUAUCUAAACUAUAUAAAACCCAAUCCAUCCAUCCAGAGUCAAGACCAAAACUCAGUUUAUUCCUCGUGGUCUACAAGCUCUCAAAAUCCUUACCCUCCUGGCCUAACAAGCAAGGAAAUGCUGUCCCUCUUGCACUGUAGACAAAGACAUGAACCACUCAUCUACACCAUGGCGGCCAUGUCACCCUUUCUGGAUAUAAAACAAGAGAUACCUGACUUCCCAAAGCCAAACGUUACUGAGGUAUAUGCCACUCAGCCCACAGAACCGAAAGAAGCCUUGCUAGCUGAGUUGACAGAGGUAGAAAAGGAAUCAGUGGAGGAGAAGGAGGAUCAACUGUCUACCUUCAAAUGCACCUCACGGGUACAGAUUUGUGAAGGAGGAUACAGGUCGAGUGAGGAAUAUGUGUAUGUACGUGGCCGGGGGAGAGGGCGAUAUGUAUGUGAGGAGUGUGGGAUACGCUGUAAGAAACCCAGCAUGCUGCGCAAACACAUACGACUGCAUACGGAUGCUCGACCUUACGUCUGCCAGCACUGUAACUUUGCCUUCAAAACCAAAGGGAAUCUGACCAAGCACAUGAAGUCGAAGGCUCAUGGAAAGAGAUGUCCAGAGGGAAUCGCUCCAGGACCGAUCCAGUGUGAGCUUGAGACAGAUGAUGGAGGAGACAGAGGACAACUUUUCUUUGAGACAGAGGUGGUGGUGGAGCAUCAGUUCUCUGAUGCUGAGGAGAGCGACCUUGAGGAGACUGAAGAUUAUGAUGAGGGUGAUGAACAGACCUCUCGCUCCUCUGCGUCCUCUGUGAGCAGACGUCUCUCCAGUGACAAUCACGAUUCCCGUGAGCUUUCGGGCCUCUCCAACCCGGGCUGGGAGCAGAAUCCCACAGUCCCUGACAGUUUGAGUCCAAGGAGGCCAGGACACCACAGAGAAGCUGCCUCACCCAAGACCACAAAGUCCAUAGUAACACUUCCACAUCUGGAACCCACCACAGGGAGAUGCUCGUCCCCAAUCCGUAGCCUCUCUCCGGGUCUACAAAUGUCCCCUGUUUUGCCACAGUCUCCAGGACGAGAGCUGUCCCCUUUAUGCUGUCCCUCUCCCAGACUUAGUCUUUCUCCAUCUUCUUGUCAGUCCUCACUGUCUCCUAUAAGUUGUCCUACUUCAGCGUUUACUGAGAGACGUGUGUCUCCCAUCAGAGCCCUUUCCCCCAUACAUCCUUCAUCGCCAAGUUGUCCAUUUGCCUUGACUGUUGGAGCCAGUGUGACUAUUCAGUACCAAGUUGACAGACCCAGAGAUUUAACAAAGGCCUCACCCAACAGACUGAAACCCAAGACUAAACUGGAGAAGACACAUAGUCCUCAGAGAAGGAUGAACAUGGCACAAUCUUGGCCUCCACCACACGGCCGUCUCUCCAGGAACCUGCAGCCCAGGGCAGGCCAGCGAGUGUUAAGCCACCUGCCUUUGCACUCCCAGCCCCAAGCGACAAUUCCCAAUCUUAGCCUCACCAUUCCUAUAGGAGGAAUCCAGAUGGUCCAGCCACGUUCCAAUAUGCUCCUCAGAAGUACAUCUCUGAAUCACAGUGUGGCUCAGAUGAGGGUCACAGUGCUGAAGACGGAGAAAGGGGCUGAAGGGAGUCCUCCAGGAGAAGUUCCUUAUCGUAGAAAUCAUCUGAUAGUGUUUACGGAGCCGUCCGUGGAGAUGAGUUCAAAAGGUUCUGACACUUCCUCUGACGAAGACAAGGAGCAGGUCCAGCAGGUGGUUCCUACGGAGGUUGUAUUGAAAAGCAGGGUGGUUCCAAGUGUUCCCAUGACGACUUGGAAGAGUAUCUCUCAAGCAAAGCAGAGAAAGCAUUCUCGUAGUCCUAAGAAACCACAAUCAGCAGACAGUUCAAUAACGUCCAUGAACACUAAGAGUUAAAGGAAUAGAUAACCCAGAAAUUAACAUUCUGUAAUCAUUUACUAGCCUUCCUAUCUUUCCAAACCUGUGUGAUAAAAAAGAAGGUUCACAUUUCUCUUUUCCAUACAAUGAAAGUGAAUGGGGAGUAAUGUUCUUGAACCCCCAAAAUGACAAAAAGAAUCAUAAAAUAUCAUAAAAUUCAUGUCUUAUGCACCAUAUUCAGACCAAAAUUUGUUUUUCACUGAAAAUAGCAUAUUCGAAACCUGGCACGUUGGGUUAAAAGACACAUGGCAACCCAUGCAAUUUGGCAAUAUUGUCAUUAAACUUUUAUCUGCCAUGUUUGAAUAAAUUGCCAGUUGACAAAUAAGGUUGUCCGCAGUGAUAAAAAUUAGAAAUCUUAAAAAACCUAGUUUAACCCUAUAACACCGCCUGUAUCAAAUUUUGAUACGCUAUUUUCUAAAGCCUGUGCAUCAACAUAAUAAAAAUGUGUACUAGAUGUCAGCUGCCACUUAGUGGAUGUUUCCGGGCACUUCUUGAUGUAAAAAUAUUUUAAAAAAUGUUUCCAACAAUGUAUGCUUUUGUAUUGCAUGCACUUUUUUCGAUGUGAAAUCUUUGCUGAUUUUAAUAAAGUAAAAGUGACAGUAAUUAUUAUAUUAUUACUGAUAUUUUAAAAUGAGUAUUUGCUGAAUAUAAGCAACUUGUGCUUGGCUAAAUGUUUGUAUAUUAUUUUGUUGAAAAAGCCUGUUGAAAUCCAUGUAUCAAAUAUGACUCAACAGGCUUUUGAGGUAUAUCUCUCAAUCACCAUUACAUUCCAUUCAUGCCCACAACAACAACAAAAAAAAAUCUCAGAGCUUUGAAAAUUCUGACAUGUACUUUUUAUAUGAAAUAUUUAAAGUGUGAACAAUUUUUUCUGUGUAUUUUCAUAUAUGCAGUCUGCUCUGUCAUUAUAAAAAUCUCAUUAUUUUACAUGUUAUUACGAUGUCAUCUUACCAUAAGUCCCUGAGACCCAGCGAAAAAAGUUUUACAAUUUCCCUUUUUUAAAUGUCAAUAUAGUGUUUGGGGCACAAAAUACAUAUGAUAAAAAUUGUUUAUUGAAAAAAGACAGUUUUAUUCAUAUUGUAUUUGAUAAUGAUAAUUUGAUAAUUGCUGGGCCUCAGGAGGAUAAUGACCUUUAAAGCCUAAUGUAUCAAAUAUGAACGUGCAUUUUUAUUUAUUUUUAUUUAUUUUAUUUUCAUUUUAUAGUUUGUCUAAUGGUACUAAAACAGUUUAAUGUCAAAACAUUUUGAUUUUCUGACAGUAAUUUCAUAUGUCAGGCUUUACAGGGUUAAAACACAUGUAUGAUGUUUGUAGAAAUUUAAAUCAUUUGUGUCCAUGUUGGUUUCAUACAUUUUUGGAAAACAAAAAUAGCAUUUUCUAUUAAAAGAAAAAAUUAUUUAAUCCCUUAAAAAUAUCAAGUGGUGUAAUCAUCAAAUAAAAGGUAUUAUAAUACUUUUUUUGCACUUUGAGCUUAAUAAAAUAAUUAAUAUAAUAUUGAUAAUAAAAUAAUAACCUUGAACAACUUAAUCAUUA